CAGAUGGACAAAUUCCUUACUCAUGAAGUCUGUUAAGGAAGAUACAGAAAACAAAUAUAUUCAUGCAGUUAAGAAAACCACGUGCUUCAAAUUGAGCUCCGGAAGUGUUUGGUAAAAAGGUUAAAGGAUCGGGGAACCGCAGAAUUGUACGUCUGUUUGUGAUUCUGCAGGAAUGGAGGUAACAAGAAAAAAUUUUAAGGAGAGUUUAAACACCAUAUAUAGCGCAAUAGAGGAAGCGGAUUUCCUUGCGAUAGAUGGAGAAUUUUCAGGUAUUAGCGAUGGACCUUCCGUCAGUGCGUUAACCAACGGGUUGGAUACACCAGAAGAACGGUAUCAAAAGCUGAAAAAGCAUUCCAUGGACUUCCUGCUUUUUCAGUUUGGUCUCUGUACAUUUAAAUAUGAGCAACUGGAAUCCAAGUAUGUCAUGAAGUCUUUUAAUUUCUACAUAUUUCCAAAGCCAUUUAAUCGGAGUUCACCAGACAUCAAAUUCAUCUGUCAGAGUUCCAGUAUAGACUUUCUGGCAAAUCAGGGAUUUGACUUCAACAAAGUGUUCCGAAACGGGAUUCCAUACCUGAAUCAGGAGGAGGAGAGUCAGCUGAGGGAACAGUUAGAGGAGAAGAGGUCUCAGUCCAAUGGUGCUUCAACGCUGUCUUUCAUCUCGCCCAGCUCCUGCAAGGGGCCAGUUAGCGUGCCAGACGAGCACAAGAACUUCAUCAAUAAAGUGGUAGAAAAAGUAGAGGCUUUGCUGGAAAGCUCAGAAAAAAGUGUGGAACUAGAGCCUUGCACUGGGUUUCAGAGGAAGCUCAUCUACCAGACCCUGAAUUGGAAAUAUCCCAAGGGACUUCAUGUGGAAACCAUGGAAACUGAGAAGAAAGAGAGGUACAUUCUGAUCAGCAAAGUGGAUGAUGAAGAAAGGAAACUUCGGGAGCAGCAGAAGCAAGAGAGAGAGCAGGAAGAGCUGAAUGAUGCUGUUGGAUUCUCCAGGGUCAUACAUGCAAUUUCAAAGUCUGCCAAGCUAGUUGUGGGCCACAACAUGCUCCUUGAUGUAAUGCACACCAUCCAUCAGUUCUACUGCCAAUUGCCAGAGGAACUGAAUGACUUCAAAGAGGUGACAAUGUGUGUCUUUCCCAGGCUUUUGGACACUAAACUCAUGGCAUCCACACAACCAUUUAAGGAGAUUAUCAACAACACAUCCUUGGCGGAACUGGAAAAGCAGUUGAAAGAGACACCAUUUAAAGCCCCAAAAGUUGAAAGUGCAGAAGGGUUCCCAAGCUAUGACACCGCUGCGGAACAGCUCCACGAGGCAGGCUAUGACGCCUACAUUACUGGCCUGUGCUUCAUCUCCAUGGCCAACUACUUGGGUACCUUCCUCACUCCUCCCAAACAACACAUAUCAGCCAGAUCCAAGCUGAUUGAGCCAUUUUUCAAUAAGCUUUUCCUCAUGAGAAUCAUUGAUAUCCCAUACCUCAAUAUCAGUGGUCCAGACCUGCAGCCGAAGAGGGACCAUGUCCUCUAUGUUACGUUUCCCAAAGAGUGGAAGACCAGUGAUCUGUACCAACUCUUCAGUGCCUUUGGAAACAUACAAGUAUCCUGGAUUGAUGACACGUCUGCAUUUGUGUCAUUGAGUCAGGCAGACCAAGUACAGAUUGCCAUGAACACCAGCCGUUACGCAGAGAGCUACCGUAUCCAGACCUACGCAGAGUACCUGGAAAGCAGGAAGGAGGACAAGCAGGGCCACAGGAAGUGGGCAGAGGACGGAUGGGUGAAGUCUCAUUACAGCACCACCACAGCUGUGCCUAGCUAUGGGUACAACCAUUGCAAGACCUUCACAGGAAAGAGGAGCAUCAGCCCCAUCCAGGAGGAGCAGGGCUCUGAUGAGACUGAAGAGGGAGAGAUUCAGAGCAGUGACACCGACAGCCACAGCGGCACCUGGAGUCACUCCACCACUGCGGACAAGAGGAACAAAAAGAUGAAAACUGAUAGCAGGACGACAGAGGGCGGACAGGUUAAGACGUAUGCCGACAUUGUGGACAACAGGACAGAAGACAGCUGGCUGAAGUCACAGCCUCUGGCAGAGAAAAGGAGCAUGAGUCCAAUUCAGGAGGAGCAGGGCUAUGAUGGAACAGAGGGGGAUGGGAAUGCCAACACCAGCACCUGGCCUCUACCCUCAGCUGCUCAGGGCAAGAAAGGCCGCAAAAACAAAAAGAGGAAGACUGAAGGUGCUGACACAACCACCUCUUCCACCCUGUUUGAUGUCCCACAGGUCUGGUAGCACAAAAACCGUUUCAUGAAAUCCCCCAAAUGGGACAUUUCCCACGGCAGCCGUACCUAACCGUCUAAAAAGCCAUAAGAAAAUUUCAGUGUUGAUGAACGGGUACAAAUGGCAGAAACCUCUUCAAAUGAAAGUUGAUGACAAAAAAAUGAAACAUUCGAAUCUGCUGCUGUUUUUCUAUUGUGUUGUAUUCUUUUCAAUGUGAUUUAUCAAAUCCUAAAGGUUUAGAUUUCAGCCUAGUUGCCCCUGCUCUAUAUUCUGAGUAAAAUGACCCUACGCGGUAAUGUCAGAUGUACAUCCUUCUUAAACCUUCACAUUCUCUGCAUGUCAUAUUUUGAUACUGAAGCUUCACUUUGUCUAGACUCUUCAAUACUGUGUGAAAGGGG